AUGGGAAAAGAAAAAAUUCAUAUCAACAUUGUCGUCAUUGGUCAUGUCGAUUCUGGUAAAUCAACAUCAACUGGUCAUUUAAUCUACAAAUGUGGUGGUAUUGACAAACGAACAAUUGAAAAAUUCGAAAAAGAAGCUACUGAAAUGGGUAAAGGUUCAUUCAAAUAUGCUUGGGUAUUAGAUAAACUGAAAGCUGAACGUGAACGUGGUAUCACCAUCGAUAUUUCACUUUGGAAAUUCGAAACAGCUAAAUACUAUGUUACCAUCAUUGAUGCUCCAGGUCAUCGUGAUUUCAUCAAAAACAUGAUUACUGGUACAUCACAAGCUGAUUGUGCUGUCUUGGUUGUUGCUGCUGGUACUGGUGAAUUCGAGGCUGGUAUCUCCAAAAAUGGUCAAACACGUGAACAUGCUUUACUUGCUUACACCUUGGGUGUCAAACAAAUGAUUGUCGCUGUCAACAAAAUGGAUACAACUGAACCACCAUAUUCAGAAGGACGUUUUGAUGAAAUCAAAACUGAAGUAUCAGCCUUCAUCAAAAAAACCGGUUAUAAUCCAGCAACUGUUGCUUUCGUACCAAUCUCAGGUUGGCACGGAGAUAACAUGGUUGAAGCAACUGCAAAAAUGCCAUGGUACAAAGGAUGGACAAUCGAACGAAAAGAAGGUAAUGCAAGUGGUAAAACACUUUUGGAAGCUCUUGAUGCUAUCUAUCCACCAUCACGUCCAACUGAAAAACCACUCCGAUUACCCUUACAAGAUAUCUACAAAAUUGGUGGUAUUGGUACAGUACCAGUGGGUCGAGUUGAAACUGGUAUUCUCAAACCAAACAUGGUUGUUAACUUUGCUCCAUCAAACAUCCAAGUUGAAGUUAAAUCAAUUGAGAUGCAUCAUGAAGCACUCGAAGAAGCUUUACCCGGUGACAACGUUGGUUUUAAUAUUAGAGGCGUCUCUGUAAAAGAUCUUAAACGUGGUUUCGUUACAUCAGAUAUUAAAAAUGAUCCCGCUCAAGAAACAGCCAGCUUUGUCGCUCAAGUUAUCGUUCUCAAUCACCCUGGUCAAAUUAGUGCAGGUUAUGCUCCAGUUCUUGAUUGUCACACAGCUCAUAUUGCAUGCAAAUUUGCUGAAUUACUUGAAAAAGUCGAUCGUCGAUCAGGUAAAACCAUUGAAGAUGCACCAAAAUUCGUUAAAACAGGUGAAGCUGCUAUGGUAAAAAUGGUUCCAUCCAAACCAAUGUGUGUUGAAAAAUUCUCUGAAUAUCCACCACUUGGUCGAUUCGCUGUACGUGAUAUGCGUCAAACAGUUGCUGUUGGUGUUAUCAAAGAUGUCGAAAAGAAAGCUCCAGUAGCAGCCAAAGGAGGCAAAGCAGCACCUGCAGCUGCUGGUGUUUGUUUUAAUAGUUCGUCAAUAUCUUCGUCGCUCAAUUUACGAGGAGUCUUUGAUGAUUUACCAGGUGAUAAUACACGUAUUCAAAUCGAUCUAAUUGAACCUUAUUCAAAAAUGGUUGAAUCUAAUAAUAAUGAAGUUGAUUCUGAAUUGAGUCCAAUUGAUAAUAAUGAAAGUAAUUUCGAUAGCAGUGAAAGCGAUAAUAAUCAAGUAACAUAA